CAGAAAGUUGUGGACAGAGAAAAUGGUGGAAGAGAAAGAAGUUGGGGGAGUGAUGAAAAAAUCAAGAUUUAAUAGUAUUUGUGUCUUCUGUGGGAGUAGUACUGGUAAAAGAGAUUGUUAUAGAGAUGCAGCUCUUGACUUGGGAAAAGAACUGGUCUCUAAAAGAUUGAGGCUUGUGUAUGGAGGUGGAAGUAUUGGGUUGAUGGGUUUGGUCUCCCAAGCUGUUCAUCAGGGUGGCGGCCAUGUUCUUGGGAUCAUCCCCAAGACUCUGAUGGGCAAAGAGCUAACAGGUGAAACAUUUGGAGAAGUAAUAGCCGUCGCAAACAUGCAUGAAAGAAAAGCCGAAAUGGCUCGUCAUUCUGAUUGCUUCAUUGCCUUGCCAGGUGGAUAUGGGACUCUAGAGGAGCUAUUAGAGGUCAUAAGUUGGGCACAGCUUGGCAUCCAUGACAAACCCGUUGGAUUACUGAAUGUAGAUGGGUACUACAACUAUCUCCUUACAUUCAUAGAGAAAGCUAUCGAUGAUGGUUUCGUCACUCCUUCUCAACGUCAUAUUAUUGUCUCUGCUACAAACCCUAAAGAACUUGUUCAGAAACUUGAAGAGUACGUUCCUGUGCAUGAUGGGAUUGUCGCCAAAGAUAAAUGGGAAAUGGAACAGGUCGAAUUAAAUGCUACUUUGCCGGCUGAGAUAGCUCGCUAACUGUAGCCGAAGAACUAAUGAUAGCCC